GCAUCAGGUUUUUUAGCCCUACGCCCUCCUUGGGCUCGUGCAGGGUGAGGAAACAAGUGCAUGAGGCACUUCAUGUGCGCGAGCCCGUAUGAACCAUCCCUCCUGGACUGCAGAAACAUCAGCACGCGACUGAACCGCUUAUUAGCCUGCCACCGCUUUCACGUUUCACUAUUUGAUCGGAUACUUGAGCUGAAGCUGUCAGCAUUACCGUGCAUGCAUUAAACAUGGCGCUUAUUUUCCUUUGCGCGCUGCAGAUUGCUUUGCUCUUUGACUGGGUGGAAGUAAAGCAGGCAGACUCGUUUCAACGGGAUGUGGAUGCACCGAGGGACAUGCUGCCUGUACAGAUGUUUAAACUGUACGAAAAACUGAACAAGGAGCCGCAAUCACACCGGGAAGAAAACACAGUCAGGAGCUUCCAGGCACUCCCGGUGUCCUCCCACAACAAGGUCCUCUUUCAUUUCAAUCUGACCUCCAUGCCUGAGUCAGAGGUGAUUCUAUCUGCAAGUCUACACUUCCUCAAGCAUCAUGGUCGGCUACGGCACUUGAGCUGCCGACGUUCCAGAGGGCCCUUGUGUCACAGCCAACAUCUGCAGCCUUCAACCCCAGUUAAGCUGGUUCUUCGAGGGAUGUCACGAAACACUACCUUCCCGGCCCAUUUGGGUAACAUCACAUUGUCCCCGCACAAGAAAGGGCACUGGCAGAUGUCUGACGUGUCCUCAAUUGUCCAAUGGGCUCGUGCUCGAAAUGAGCUCUUAAUUUCAGUGGAGUUUGACUUUGGAGAUAGGCACCAUUGGCAGCAGGAUCGCCUCACACCUCAGAUUUUGCCUUAUAUUCUCGUUUUUGCCAAUGACCUGGCCAUAAAUGAACCAAACAGCAUCGCCAUGAGCUUGCAGCGGUACAGCCCUGUGGGAGAAGAGAGAGGAAAUAGACCAUCCGUUGUCGCUCCAAGCUCCAGGAUCAGAAGAGAAGUAGAGCACUUACAGAAUUUCCUUCCCGACAUCCAGUAUGAUGAUCAGAAAAACAAGGAACUGUGGUACAACACUUAUUUUGCAUUAAAGCCCAAAACCUUGUCCAAGAGUCAAGGUGGGAGACAAGGUCCUCAAAUCAGAAAUGGAGGAAGUACGACUCAGGAGUUGAGCUUUGAUAAAAGGACCAUGAAAAAGGCUCGGCGUAAGCAGUGGAGUGAGCCUCGUGUGUGUGCAAGACGUUACCUGAGAGUGGAUUUUGCCGAUAUUGGCUGGAGCGAGUGGAUUCUGGCCCCGAAAGCAUUCGAUGCCUACUACUGUGCGGGAACAUGUGGAUUUCCCAUGCCCAAGGUGGUUCAUCCCUCUAAUCACGCCACCAUCCAAAGCAUUGUGAGGGCAGUGGGGAUUGUUCCUGGAGUUCCUGAGCCUUGCUGCAUUCCUGAGAAGAUGAGAGAACUGGCUGUGCUGUUUUUCGACACCAGCAGGAACAUGGUGCUGAAGCUCUACCCUAACAUGUCUGUGGAGACCUGCGCUUGUCGAUAAAGAUGAUCACCAUAGGCAUUAACUUUGGUAACGAGACUGUGGACAAACCUUCACAAGACUUCCUCAAGGCUUUGGGAAGGCAAGAUAUGUAUUAGCUGAUCAGAUGUAACCAUAUCAGACACACAGUUCAAUGGCAGAUUUUUAAAUGUCUACAUCUAAGACCUCAGAAACGCAAAACUACUAGAACAAUGCCGUGUGCAUUUACAGAAUGUUUUUAUUGGUUUGUAUACAGUUACUUAGUGUAAUAUGACAAAUUAUACAGAAUAUACCUUAAAGUCACAGUAGAAAUCUUCUGAAAUUACUUGUUCAAAAGAAUAUUUUCCUAAUUUAAUAACAGGCAGCAUUUUAACAUAUUUAAACAAUUACUGAAUAGGCUUUUAAAUAAUUUGUGUAAAGUAACAUUAUAACCCCCUAACCCUAUUAUUUUUAUAAGGAAAAGAAAUGGAACAGUGUUAAACCAAAAAUGUAAUUAAUGAAACAUUGUAUUUAAAAAAAAAUGCUUAUUUGGUUCAAAACAUAGCUGGGUAAACUUAUUAUACAUGGAUACAUAAUUGUUACACACAUUAAUCUCUGUGAGAUCUGCUUUAUAACAAUAAAUGCCUUCAGACAAGAGAAAUCCUGUACGCUGGAGUGGUGAAACACUGCUGCCACCUAGUGCCUUUUCAUUUAUAAUUCACAACACAAAAGAUGAACAAAUGUCUUUAAUUCAAUUUCUUUCAGAGGGGUCAUGCAUUAAUUUUGCUUUGUCUCUCUCAAAUAUAGAAAUAUGAACAAUAUAUUAUUAUAGAUUAAGUAAUUAUUUAGAUUUUCAGCCUCAGUAGAGAGUUUUCACCCUUUUACGUAAUGUAAUAUUUCAAGCAAAUUAG